UUUUUCUCCAUUAGAAAGUGUCUACAGCUUAUAAGGUUCCAUUCAAGGUCUCUUUAAAGAACGAAACAUUCCAAUUAACCGGUAUCCCGUGAAUCUUUCCUCAACAUCUCCCAUUUCUGAUCGUUCUAACUAUACGCCCAUUUUAGGUAGUUCCUCAGCAAUCCUUUCAAGAGAUUCACUUCAAAUUCCUAAAAGAUAUACGAUGUACGUACGUAUAUGCAGUUGAAGUGUACAAAAAUUUAAGCAAUAUGCGAAAUAUUAAAAUAGAGGAUAUUUAAUGAGAGGAGUUCAUUAUAUUGAUAAUUCAUAAUAUUUAUAAUAUCAAAUAAAAUUAUAUACGUGUGAAGAAUCCAUCUAUUUAAUCGCGUUCGUGAAAACACGUAUUUGUACGAACAUCCACAUAAACACCUGCAAGUAAUAAAGUAUUUAAAGAAUACCGUACAAAACAUUGCGAUCUUAAAGUUGUUUAUUUGUUGGCAAAGCAUGUACAUAUUCUUAUCAAUUCUGCGUAAUAUCAAUUAAGAACUUCGUAUGAUAUAAUUCAAUUAAAAAGGGAGAUACGAUUAUCAUUAAGAAAUAAAAUAAAAUGAAAGAAACAUGUACGGAAAAGAAUAUCGAAUCAAUCGUAAGAUUAACGAAACAACCUGUCUACGACGAGUGACGGCAAAGUAGAAUCGUAGAAAGAAGAACAAAGACACCGGCCACCAGACAUUCUUUCCGGCCGCGCGGGGCUUAGGAAAUUACAAUUUAUCGCUCAAGCUCAGGGUCGUCUCAUAUCAUUCGUCGCAGCGCGGCACAAGCGGUGAAACAAGUCGUCUGAUAUUUAAGCGUGAAUUCUCGUCGAAGUAGUGUUACAUCGGACAGUUUACUGGCUAUCGGUUCACCCCUCGAUCUGAUCGAUAACAAUCAUCGUCAGACAAAUGAAGCAAGAGACGAAGCUCUGCUUGAUCCUGUCCCUUCUGGCUGUUCUGAUAGACAGCCAGGUGGAAGGAAGGAUUUUGACGCAGUGUGAAGCCGUGCAGGAGCUUCAACGAGCUAAAGUCCAAAGAAGCUUAAUCAGCAACUGGGUCUGCCUGAUGGAGAGCGAAAGUGGAUUGAACACACAAUUGAUCACUGGUCCGAAGACUGCCUCCAGCUACAGUUAUGGAAUCUUUCAGAUAAAUAGCGCCAAAUGGUGUUCCAGAGGACACAGCGGAGGCAUUUGUAACAAACGUUGCGAGGAUUUCGCCAACGACGAUAUCACAGAUGACAUCGAGUGUGCCAAAAAGAUUCAAAGUAUGGAAGGAUUCAAGGCGUGGGAUGGCUGGAUGAAGAAAUGCAAGAACAAACCUCUGCCUAAUAUUGGAAACUGCAAACGACGUCGACGACGACGACGCGUGACAGUAUGAUUGAAUUUUUUUCUUUGAAUCAGUAUGUACUGUGAUAAGACGAUUGUCAUAGUAUGGCGUCACUGGGGUUCAUGAACUAUUAGGUGUUGGUUGCUAUAAACAUAUAUCAUGUAUAGUCUGUCUGAUGUAAGGCUGUUAUUCCUAUCAGCGCCAUCAUUCAUCGCGACCGAUUGUGUAUAUAGAACGAUGAAGUUUUAUAAUAACUGCAAGUCGUGAUUUGUGAAUGGGAUCACAGGUCACUCUAGUGUGACGUAUAUUGGUGCUUAUAAGUAUGUGGACUGUUUGAUUGAUUUAGAAUAACGAUAUGUUACUCUAGAUUUUUAGCAAAAUGUAUAAAUUAACGAUGAACUGGAAUUUAGGAACAUUGCUCGCUACAUUUUUAUGGCAUCGCCAAGCUAUAAUUUUGAAUUGCCUAUUGAGAAACAACAAUAAUAUGUUUUACUACUUAUUGUUGGAAUAUAUACUGCUACAUACAUUUGCCUUUUAAGUAACGGUAGGUAUAUUAACUUCGGGGCUCCCCUACACAAUAAUUUAUCGACGAAUAGCAUUUUGCAAAUUGACAAGUCACAAGUUGUAUGCCGUAGACUUUUCUUAAGGAUUUUCUAAUUCUUCAUCAGAAAGAAGAAUCAAACGACCUAUAAUCUAUAAAACUCUUGGACGAAAUAUUAUUCAGCUUAUCAUGAAACUCGUUGCUAUCAAAAGCGGAUAUUUGGUAAUAUUGUAUUGUCACUUGUGACUUGUACACUUAAUAUAGUAGUUCAAUUAGGCAGGAGGGGCAAGAACUUUAUCUAUCGAUUUCGAACAUUCUUCUUAAUCUGUUUUAUAAUUUCAAGAUUAAGGAUGGAAGUGAAGAUCAUCAUCGGAAGAUAAAGAGUUUGUCAAACAAUAAAAUAAUUCUAUAAGGUUUGACAACUACAACGUAAAUUUUAUUAUACUAUCUUUCGAAAAUCAAUUUAAUCGGUUCAAGAUAAAUAUGGUGGUUAUAAAUAUUAGAAUCAUUUAAGUUCGAUUUGUUCGAGAUUUUUCAAUCAAAUUAAAUGUCUGGAUACUUCUAAGCGGUUAUCAAUAUAGUCUAGUGAACAUUUCACUGAUAACAGCGAAGAAAUUAUACAUCUAUGUAUCUGCUUUGAUAUGUGUAUCUGUGAAUUUAUGAUGCAUAAAGAAAUAUACGUGUCUAUAAUCGUAAA